AUGGACCAGCCUCCCGCCCCCGGCGAGCAAGGGCAGGAGCACACCUGGUUCGCGACGCUGAGGGAGGUCAAACACCAGUUUUGCCUGUACGCCAGCUUCGAGCAGCGGGAGGAGGGGGGCUGGGUGGACCUGGAUCCCGCCGAGACGGCUGCGGCCUCGGACCCCCACGGGAGCUCCCUCUGGCCCCAGCACCAAUGGCACGCCGCCUUUGAGAUCCUGUUUGCGCUGCCCCCAGACGCCGCCGCCCCCAAGCGCGACGACAUGCUCUUCUUUGUCUACCUUCCCUGGCUGCACCGCAAGGACCCAGUCCUCGUGCGGAGGAGGGGAAAAGAGCUUCCUGCUGACCUGAGCUUGGGGGGUGCGCUGGCGGGGGACAUCGACUGGCGGGCCAGUGCCCUCCUCAGCCUGGUCAUGCACACGCGAUACACCCUCACGGUCAUGGUCAGCGGGCCCGAGGGGCUAUCUGAGGACAGCGACGACCAGCCGCUGCCCCCUGGGGCAGAGAGGGUGAACCUGGAGGCCUGGCCCUCCACGUCCCGCUUCCCAAUCGACGUGGACGGGAAUCUGGCCAAGGGGUCGCAGAACCCCAUCCCAACAUACCCAGAUAUAUGCUUCGAGGUGUCAACCUUUGACACCGUCUUCAAGUCCCAGGUGAUCGUGCUGCUCAUUCUUUUGGGUCCCAAGGUCUGCGCCUUCUCCGGCUUCGUGACGAAGGCCCGCAUGGUGGAGGCGGGGGUCAUGGGGGGCCCGCUCUCGGUGCUGGGCCCCCGGCGGGCCCAGCGUGUGCUCAUGAAUGGGCCCGGGGGGGAAGGCCGCGCCGAGGUGGCGGUGCUGCGCAUGCUGCCGCCGGGCCAGGCCCGGGAGGCAGACCGAGGGAAGGGCCCCCUCCAGAAGCUGACGCGGAGCCUGGGCCAGGUGGUGCGCCAGGUGGCGAGUGAGGUGGGCGCCGGAAAGGGCGGCGGUGGGGGGCCCCUGGAGCUGCAGUGCUCCCUCAUCCUGCUCAGCCUGCCCGUGCAGAGCCUGACCCGCAGCAUCCUGGAUGCCCUCUGA